GAAAAGGAAAAAGAGAAAAGAUUUAAAGGAUAAACUGAGAAUAUCUGAGUUAGAAGUCAAACAAUGGAGAACUCUGGAGAGAGCAGCAAGAAGAAAGGGUUGGAAGGCACAGGCUUGGAUCUGCCACCCAAUAAGCAUGGCAACUUGAAGAGUGCUUCCAGCGAUGAAAACCUUAAGCACAUUCUUCUUCGUGUCAAAACCUCUAAAACUCCUACGGUUAUCAAUUACGGAGCCUCAUGGUGCGGUGUUUGUAGCCAGAUUCUUCCUGCAUUUUGCAAGUUGAGCAACCAGUUCCCAAACUUAUCAUUCGUGUAUGCUGAUAUUGAUGAAUGUCCUGAAACAACGCAGCAUAUUCGUUACACUCCUACGUUUCAUUUUUAUCGAGAUGGUGAAAGAGUGGACGAGAUGUUCGGUGCUGGGGAAGAGCGGCUUCAUGAUCGCUUGUGGUUACAUUCCUGAACAACCCCAUUUAUGUUUAUGCUGGCUUGGGAUGCUUUCAUGUAUCUAAUCUAUUUAUGCCAAUCUUCUGUCUUUCAGGCUA